AUGGGGGGAAACUGGUCAUGGGUCACAGAGUUCGUGCUGCUGGGAUUCCAGCUCAGCGCAGAGACGGAAGUGCUCCUCUUCUGGGUCUUCUCCCUGCUCUACACCUGCAGUCUGCUGGCAAACGGCAUGAUCUUUGCGCUCAUCUGUCUGGACCAGAGAUUGCACACCCCCAUGUACUUCUUCCUCUCCCACCUGGCCAUCAUUGACAUGUCCUUUGCUUCCAACAAUGUCCCCAAGAUGCUGGCAAACUUAGUGACUCAGAAUAGAGCCAUCUCCUUUGUCCCAUGCGUUAUGCAGACAUUUUUGUAUAUAGCUUUUGCUCUCACAGAGUGCCUGAUUUUGGUGGCGAUGUCCUAUGAUCGGUACGUGGCCAUCUGUCACCCCCUCCAGUACACGGUCAUCAUGAGCUGGAGCGUGUGCACGGUCCUCGCUGCCACGUCCUGGUUGUGUGGAUUUGUCCUGGCUCUGAUACAUGUGAUUCUCCUUCUGAGGCUCCCAUUCUGUGGGCCCCGGGAAGUAAACCACUUCUUCUGUGAGCUCUUGUCUGUCCUCGAGCUGGCCUGUGCUGACACCUGGCUCAACGAAGCUGUCAUCUUUGCUGCUUCCGUCUUUAUCUUAGUCGGGCCCCUCUGCUUGGUGCUGGUAUCCUAUACCAGCAUCCUCUGGACCAUCCUGAAGAUCCAGUCUGGGGAGGGCCGCAGGAAGGCCUUCUCCACCUGCUCCUCCCACCUCUGUGUGGUUGGGUUCUUCUUUGGCAUAGCCAUGGUUAUUUAUAUGGUCCCAGAGUCCAAUCAAAAAAAGGAACAAGAAAAAAUACUGUCCCUGUUUUAUAAUCUCUUCAACCCAUUGUUAAACCCCCUCAUCUACAGCCUGAGGAACGCUCAGGUGAAGGACGCCUUGGGUAGGGUGCUGCAGAAAAGAGGAAAUAUCUCAAAAGAGUAA